GUCAACACAUUGCAUUCACUCGUUGUCAACUCGCAAUACAAUCAAAAUGCUCGACCGACUCGUAGGCCUCAGCAUGCUGAUCGCAGCAACCGCCGUCUUCCUCUACUACACCAUCUGGACCCUGUUCAUGCCCUUCGUCGACGAAGACCACCCGCUGCACUCCUUCUUCCCUCCUCGCGUCUGGGCUAUUCGCAUACCCGUCAUCCUCGUAAUCCUCUUCAGCACCGUUGUGGGUAGCUUUCUCUCAGUCGUCAUGAUACGGAGCAACAGGAAGAAGGCGCUCAAAGCCAAGCAAAAGAAGGCCAGCUGAAGGACACGUUGCAAAAGGGCAAAAGGGCGAAAGGGCGUCGUUCGCGCGGGCAUCUUGGUCGGAGCAUGGAGUCUAUGUGCGGACUUUACAAGGACUGUGAAGAUAGCUUUGGAAGGGAGUCGAAUUGAAUUUAUGCCCAUAUAUGGCUCCGUUAUAAUAAUAACCUAUUCCUAAC